AUGCGAACCACCAGGAGCCGCGACAGGGCAUCGAUGCACAGAUUGCCGGUCGAGGUUCAGGAUCUCGUCCUCCUCCAGUUGCCAAAGGAGGCAGUCCUUGCCUGUCGCUUAGUGUGCCGCGGCUUCCUGUCUCGCGCGACUGAGAUCGCAUUCCGCCAUGUCGAGCUCCGCUCAAUACGGAAUCUAUGGCAUCACCCAGACGUCGUCGGUACACCUCCGCACAUCGAGUCCUUCAGGCAGAUCAGCGAAGCGGAGCACCUCCGUGGUCUCGUCCACGAAGUCACUUUGGAUGCCUUCGAGGGCUAUGAGGCGUCCAACUAUUGCGGCCAGAGACCGUUCCUCCGGGUCCUGCCUCGACUGGCUUGUUUUCGCAAUCUACGGACCCUGAACGUCCGCUUCAACAAGAUCGUCCAGCGCGAACUGGUGUCUCACCACCACCUUUUCCAUGUCCACAACAGCAGGGAGAGCACCAAGUUCCGCCUCCAAGUGCUCCAUAUCGCCAUCAACGCACUAUCGGGGGCCUACACCGACAAGACACCUGUCAAUCGUACCAGUCCCCUUUUCGACCCUGACAAGCUGUACCCCCAGCCUGGGCACCCAAAGUUCCCCAACACGGAUCCUCGUCCAAUUGGGCUGGAAGGGCUCACCAUUGCCAACCUUUCCCCCUACGACGCCCAUUUGAUCGACCCGGGUGCCCUUCGAACCAUCCUGGCCGCCCCAUCAUUCCGCUCACUCAAGCUUCUCGUCACACGCGCGGGCUAUGAGAGGCGCGGCGGUGAAAUCAUGCCCAGGGUUCAUUUCUUGCAGCCGGAAAACCAUCACUUCUACAGCCGCAUUCCCUUAGCAUGGCUGUCCCCCGCUGUGGCCCAGAACCUGCGAGUGCUUUCGCUUUACGACGCCCACUAUUGGGGUUGGUGUCCCGUGAUGAAUUUCCGGGCCAUCAACCCCUCCGGCGGCGGGCUCCCGAACCUGCGCGUGCUAGCCCUCGGAAGGCACGUCUUCGCGCACGACUGGCAAGUCGACUGGAUCGCCGGGCUCGCAGCCGCCACCAACAGCACCACCCCGGCCGCCGGGCUCGAGGAGCUCUAUCUGGACGACUGCCCAAUUAUAUGGCACGCGCGCAUCAAGAACCCCCACAGCGGCAGUAUGUGGUAUCAGCCGCCGUCGGACCCCGAGACGGAGGACCUGUCCUUCCAGCUCCGCUGGCACGACGUCCUACCGCGGUGGCGCGACGCCUUCGCCGGCUCCCGCCUGCGCGUCUUCUCCAUGGGGCGUGGCGACUGGAAGGGCGACGCGCAGGCGCCCGAGGGCGCCGGUGGGAUCCGCGGGACCCGCGCGCGCAGGGGCGACGGCGUCUUCCUCAGCUACGACCUGCCGCCGCCGCGCAAGGUCCGGUGCGGCCGUUUCGGCUUCCGCUACUCCUACUGCCCCCGGAGGUGCGAGUUUCCCUGCGGAGCCACGCCCCGGUACGGCGUCGGGCUGAGGCCGGCGCGCAAGGAUGUGAUGCAGUACAUCCAGUUCGACCUGGACCCCUGGCCGCGCGGGAAGUGGGUCGAGGGAAUCGGAGGAGUCGACAGCGACACGAAGCUUUUGGACGACCAGGCACUGGAGGAUUUCAUGGAGACUCUCGGUCUCCAUUGGUCGCACUGA